CUCGGUAGGCGCAGAGAUCCUACCGCGCCAGGCGGCGUAAAUACGCGUUGCACUCGACUUGGCGCUCUGCACUUGCGGCGUACGAAUCUCAGCCUCUCAGUCUCGCCAGCGGUGGCUACGAAAGCCUAUACAUCGGCUGCAAUACCGCGUCAGUCUCUUUUCUCACUACCGCUCGGUCGCUUUCCAUGCGUGCGUCCUUCGCACGUUUGAGACCUCACUUUGCUCCCGAUAUUACUGAUACAGGAUCGGGCGCAUGAACUGCGAAUACAAUCAUCGUUCUCGCAGCGCGCGCUCUGCAGCUUCGCCUCCUCUUCCUUAUCUGGCCACCGUACACCCGCUUCCUCUCUUUCUCCAUGCUUGGGGUUGCACCUUCUUCCCCAAAGCGUCUCCGGUCUCGAUCCAGAAUCUCCCCCAUCUUCUCUCAUAUCUCUACGCGACGGUCUCAUGGUCUCGGUCCGACUUCGUCUACUCGUGCUCCAGCUCUAUCGAGAUUGCGCAAUCCUCGCGCGAGGGUGGCGCGCUCAACUCCUCGUUCUGCAAUGCCACGCCCUGUCGCCUCUCAGGACCUUCCGUUGCCACUUGCAGACCCCGAUACCCCUCGUCGCCACCCAGAACGCUCACGAUCUGUCACCUAGCUCACUCCGUGCUCAUCGGCUACAUCUGUCGCUGCAUGCGUCGAAGUUCGACGCGCGCGGUGAUGGUCAUCAGAUCCCUGCAAACCUCCGCACGACCUUCGCGCCGAUAGAUGACAUCGAUGAUGGGGUCGACCAUAGUAUCAGACACGAGACGAGUGCGGCGGUGCGCGCUGAUGAACUCUAUUCGCGCACUUAUUGGGGAUUGUUUGCUGCUGUAUCGGUACGGGGAGAAGAGGCUACCGGCGUAAUGUCCCAGAUGACAAGGAGGGGAUUCGAAAAGAUAG